AUGGCCCGUCUUGAUCAAUUGCCGGACGACAUCCUCAUGUGUAUCAUCGACGAGGCGUGGGAGGGCUGGGAGGACUGGGCUGAAGACAACUACAUUCAGGAGGCCCCGCAAUUCCACUUCCAGCGUAGUCUCCUCUAUGUAAACAAGAAAUUAGAAGACACCGUUGAGCGUUGGAUGUACGGCCGGAUCAGGCAAUAUCAAAAUGGCCACCAGGACCAGGCAUCAUGGCUGUCCUUGAUGUUACCGCGGCCAGCAAAGCACCUCUUCAUGCAGCUUAUCAAAGACCAGGGAGAGGAUGCCAUGGAAAAGCAGUAUCUCGUGAAAGAGGCCCUAAACACAUGUCCUGAACGUGAUAUCCUCGCUGUAAAGGAUAAACACGAGGAAACCCUUUGUGCAUUGGCCGCUGCGAAUCUCGCCAGCGGGGAUCUAGUGCCCUUCCAUGACGCAUUCACUAAGCCUGACGAUCAAUUCGAAAUACACGCAAUUGAGAUGGCUUUUGAGAUGAAAGUUGAUCCGAGAGAGCCAUGCAGCGUUGGCGGAAUGAUCGCCAUCCGCGAAGGCGACAUCCCCAUGUUAACUCGCCUUUCACAAAAGAAGACUUUCGAUGUCAAUAUCGACCACAAGAUCUUUGGCAAUCCCAUCCUGGUAGCCGCCCAAAUGAGGGAUCUCGAAUGCAUGAAGAUACUGCUGGCGCUGCCCGGGAAAACAUUCUUAUAUAACGGGGCGGAAUUUAACGCCUUACACUUGGCUGCCAGAGGAGGAGAUUUACCAAUGGCCAAACUGCUGCUAGAACAUGCUGAUGAGUCUCUUUAUCCCCCCGAUCAGGAGACUACAGCGUUAUUUCUUGCGGCGGAAAAGGGCCAUCUGCCUAUUGUGGAGCUGCUGCUUCAUGGCCUAGACCCGCCACCCACCACUGAGGAUAUCGAUAUGGCUGCAGUGGGUGCUACCAGUGCAGGACAUGAAGAAAUCCUAAAGCUUCUGUGGAAGCGCAGUAGCCUACCAAGUACCAUGGGGCAAGAAUAUGGCAUGGCGGGUCUAUGUCUUGAGGAUGGAGAUAGUGAAGACAGCGAUGUUGAAAGCGACGGUGCUGAGGAUGAAGGUAUUGGCGGUGGUGGGGAUUUUGAAUUCGAGGACAUGCCUGACAUGGAGGCUGGGACGAAUUUGGCAUUCUGGGCCACUAAAAACGACCAUGUGAAUAUUCUCAGAUUCAUUCUUGACGCCGAUGAUCAGUUCGGGCCCUACUCUCGUAGUACAGAGAGCAGUUCAACAUCGCUGUCUAACGAGGGACAGCUGAAAGAGCCCGAUUCUGGACCAGAAAGUGCAGGAUAUAAAUCGUGGAAGCAUGAGGAGACACCCAAAACCACCUCCAAGGCCAAGAAGUCCAUUGCUCGGUCAUGCUUUCUAGCUGCCGCGAAGUUUGACAGCGUAAAGGUAGCGCAGCUACUUCUUGAUCGCUUCGAAGACUUCGGUAACAUGCAGUUUAUGGGCAAUACGAGACCAUUAAUAUAUGCUGCAGCUUUCAGCGCGACACGGGUAAUGAAACUCCUACUUGAACGGGACGACGUCGACGUCAACCACGCCAACGUAGUAGGUGGUACUGCAAUAUCCUAUUCGAUACGACCUCCCAUAGAACCAGUCUACAGAGUGACAGAUGAACUAGAGGCGCUCAAACUUAUGCUGACCCGAGAGGAUGUUAAUGUCAACUGCGCUGAUGAGAAUGGCGAUACUCCUCUGAUUUGGGCUGCUAUUGCAGGGGAUCCCCGUAUGGUAAGGGCGUUAUUGUCUCGUAAAGAGCUUGAUGUCAACGCGAAAAAUCGUUACAGUGAAACCGCUCUCUCACGCGCUAUCCUCCUAGAAAACACCUCUGUCGUCAAGGCCCUGCUGGCCCGAGAGGAUAUCCAAGUCAAUGUGAAAAACAAGCUAGGCCUAACUCCAUUCCAGAUGGCAGCUAAACUUGACUACCCUGACAUCAUGCAGCUUUUUAUCAACAGGGCCGAUGUUGAUACCAAGGCCCAGGAUACCAUUCCACACAAGGGAAAGGAUAGCAUCAAGGUCUCAGAGGACACCGAUACUGCACAGGAGACCCUGGAUGAGGAAUUCUGCUGUUAUGCUUGCUCGUUUAUACACCCAUCAGCGCAUGGAGUGUACAAUGGGCUUGUUCCUGGAUUCUCGAGAGAGGUUUGA